AAAGUAACAGUUAUGCUGAUGUGGUUGGGUCUAUCUUACACCCAAUCAAUUUGGAAUUCUUGUUUUCUCUUUAUUAAUUUGUUUCAUACUUUUAAACAUUUAAGUAAUAAAUGUAUGUUUAUUACUUUCAGUUAGUUUUGUGAAAUUCAAAUACUAUUAUGAGUAACCCUAACAAAAUUAAAUGGACAGGCUGUGGUCAUUGGAAAAAGUACAAAAAGAAUAAUCAUCAAAUAAAUAAUAGAAUUAAUGAAUGCGAUAUUAAUGUUAAUGUUGAAUAUCUUCAAGAAUGUCCUUUUCACAAAUGGCAACUUUAUUUUCCCAAUGAAAUGUAUAAUAAAGAUAGCUUAACAGUAAAAUAUAUUUCAGCUUCUGUGUCAUUUUUAAACAAACUGGAACAAAAUAUGUCUAUUGAACAACUCGUAGAGAAUAAAUCUUAUCUUUUAAACGUUGAAUCUCUUAACCAAGAUCAAGAUUUCAUAUCAAUUUGGGAAAACUUCUGGGAUGAUUUAACACAUCGACCAAAUUACACACUGGGUUGUUUAGGAUUAGCUAUUCAUCAGUAUGCAUUGGAUGAGUUAAACAAAAAUGUUCAAAAUAACUGUACUAUAUUCAAAGAUUUACCAAUGAUACAUCCUAGAAUUAUAAAUUUCGGUCCACUCUUUCAUUUGAAACAUUUAAAAGCUGAAACAGAUGGAAGACUAAUUUUAGUUCAUGGAACUGUUAUAAAAGCCAGCUGUUUAAAGUUUCAAUGUUCAUGGUUAGCAUUUUCUUGUAAUACUUGUUAUUCAAUUCAAAAUAUUAAACAACCUGAUGGUAUAUUUACUAAACCAAAACAAUGUAACCAUAAUAAAUGUCAUGGUCGUUCAUUUUCUAUUUGUAGAAAUUCGCCACUUACUCAAACUAUCAACUGUCAAACUAUUAGAGUUCAAGAAUUACAAAAUGAUGAUCACAGAGAAAGUGGUAGAGUACCUAGAACUGUUGAAUGUGAACUCACAAAUGAUUUAGUCUAUACUUGUAUUCCAGGAGAUGUUAUAACUAUUACAGGUAUUGUAAAAAAAAAAUUAUGCAAUUCUAACAAACUAAAUUCUGUGAGUAAAGAAUCAAAUAUUUUUAUGCAAUAUAUUGAAGUAAUAUCCAUACAAAACAAUAAAAAUCAAUCCAAAGGAAAAAUUACAAGUACAGAAUUUCAUUUUACAAUGAGAGAUUAUUACUGUAUCCAAAAACUUCAUUCAAAACCUUAUCUCUUUGAAUGUAUGGUAAACUCUUUAUGUCCAAGUAUAUAUGGCCAUGAAAUGGUAAAAGCUGGUAUGUUACUUUCACUAUUUGGUGGAAGUAAUUGUUAUCUAAAUCAGACACGUGGAGAUAUUCAUAUUUUAGUCAUUGGUGAUCCUGGUCUUGGUAAAUCACAAAUGCUACAGUCGGUAUGCAAUAUUUCUCCACGGGGUGUGUUUGUUUGUGGAAGUACUUGUUCUUCAGCUGGACUAACUGUUAGUUUAACUAGAGAAAAAGGUACAGAUUUUUCUUUAGAAGCUGGAGCUGUUGUAUUAGCUGAUCAAGGCGUGUGCUGUAUUGACGAAUUUGAUAAAAUGACUCAAGAUCAUAAUACCUUGCUAGAAGCAAUGGAACAACAGACAAUAAGCAUUGCUAAGGGUGGAGUAAUUUGCUCUUUACCAUGUCGUACUACUAUAAUGGCCGCUGCAAAUCCAAUUAGUGGCCAUUAUAACUGUGAUAAAAGUGUAUUAGAUAAUUUGAAAAUGAGUCAAGCAAUGCUUUCUCGUUUUGAUUUAAUAUUUUUACUUAUAGAUACACCUGAUGAAUUAACUGAUAAAAAGCUAACAGCACAUGUGCUUAAUAUACAUUCAAAUAAGAUAAAGCAAACACAAAAUAUUGAAUGUUCUUCAAAAAUGAACAGUUCACUUAAAGAAAGAUUAUCACAAUUUAGUAAAGACAGUGAAUAUAUCUCUCAAUCAGAAUUGCGUAAAUAUAUAGCAUAUGCGAGAAAAUAUGUUUCAUCACCAACUUUGUCAAAUGAAGCUAAAGAAAUGUUACAACAAUUUUUUAUUGAACUUCGUUCUAAUAAUUUAAAUUAUGGUAUUCCUAUAACUAUAAGACAAUUAGAAUCAUGUAUUAGAUUGGCACAAGCACGUGCCAAGGUUGAACUAAGAGAACAAGUAACUGCAAAAGAUGCAUAUGAAAUUAUUGAACUACUUAAUUUUAGUCUUGUUAAAACUCAAUGUGAUGAAUUUAGUGGAUUUGGAUUCAAGAAAAGUAUAAAAAAAACUGGUAUUCGAGCCCAAUCGAAAAAAUUGUUAACAGAAUUACUAAAACAUGGUAAAACAGAACGACUUUUUAGUAUAGAUCAAAUGAAGUUAUUAUCAAAACAAUUAAACAUUGCUACUUUAGAUUUUUAUAAUGUAGUGGAGUUAUUAAACAAUGAAGCAAUUAUAAUUAAAAAAGGAAACAAUAUUUAUGAGUUAAAAGUUUAA